AAGCUCAGGAUUCUGGCAGCAUCUUUGCAGGAGUGAAACCGAAGCUUGAGCAAAACAGAGGCCACAGCUCCUCCUGCUGCGUUUCUUUCCUCCUCGGCGAAUCCCACGCUGUUAGACAAGAUGUGCAAAGGGCUUGCAGGUCUGCCGGCUUCCUGCUUGAGGAGUGCAAAAGAUAUGAAGCAUCGGUUGGGUUUCCUGCUGCAGAAGUCAGAUUCCUGUGAACAUAAUUCCUCCCACAGCAAGAAGGACAAAGUGGUUGUUUGCCAGAGGGUGAGUCAAGAGGAAGUCAAGAAAUGGGCCGAAUCACUGGAAAACCUGAUUAACCAUGAAUGUGGGUUGGCAGCUUUCAAAGCUUUCUUAAAAUCUGAAUAUAGUGAGGAGAACAUUGACUUCUGGAUCAGCUGUGAAGAGUACAAGAAAAUCAAAUCACCCUCUAAACUAAGUCCUAAGGCCAAAAAGAUCUAUAAUGAAUUCAUCUCAGUCCAGGCAACAAAAGAGGUGAACCUAGAUUCUUGCACCAGGGAGGAGACAAGCCGGAACAUGCUAGAACCUACGAUCACCUGCUUUGAUGAGGCCCAGAAGAAGAUUUUCAACCUUAUGGAGAAGGAUUCAUACCGCCGCUUCCUCAAAUCCCGAUUCUAUCUUGAUUUGGCCAACCCUUCUAACUGUGGGUCAGAGAAGCAGAAAGGAGCCAAGAGUUCUGUGGACUGUGCUUCCCUGCUCCCCCAGUGUGCCUAAUUCUCAC